CGCGCCGCCCGGCCUUCCCCCAGCACCCCGGCGGGGAGACAAAGUCCCCGGGCGAGGCCAACGGCCACCGGGUGCCCAUGGCCUGGUGCUGAGCCCCUGCCUCUUCCCUGCGGCACCGGGAGGCCUCGCUCGCCUGGUGAAGCCCCGCAGUGACGGGGACAGAGCGGGAGGCUGACUUGAGUCGGGUUUUUGGGGAGGCAGCAGGUGUUGGGAGCUCACGGGUGCUGUGGCUGCCAGCCCAGCGCGGCACGCAGAUGGGGUGCCUGGCGGUGAUGGCCGGAUGGCCACUGAAGAGGUGGCUCGGACUCGCGCUCGUCAUGCUUCACCUUGUCACUUUGGGCUGCGCGCUGCCGAAGGAAGUCAAGAGCAAAGUCGGGGAGAAGGUCGGCCUGCCUUGUUGCCAUGAGAUCCCCAGCUCGGAAAGCCUGAGCAACUACCGGGUCUACUGGCAGAGGAACACCAGGGAGGUGGUGCUGGCCUACUCGGAGGGGAAGAAGAUCCCAGAUUACGACCAGUACGUGAACCGGACAGAGCUGGACAGCAAGAACCUCACCCUGUGGAUCUACCCUGUGGAAAUCCUGGACAAUGGCACUUACCAGUGUGUGGUUCAGAACCUCAGAAUUUCACAAGACUUUUCACCCCGCGUUGUGUGUGAUGCGCCCGUGUCCCUCUCUGUUACAGCUGACUUCAGUGAGCCAAACAUAACAUCAAAUGUCAUUAAUACUACUUGUGAAUCAACGGAGAUGGUGGUAACAUGCUCUUCUUAUGGAGGUUUCCCCAAACCCAAAAUCUCUGGAUUCUUCAACAACGGGUCCCUCGUCUGGAAUACCACCUGGGUGUCUGAGUCCAGCCUCAGCCCAUACAAUGUCACAGGGAAGCUGCAUCUCAACGUGACCAAAGACAUCAACCUCACUUGCUCCGUUGAAUACAAUGGCUUUGUCAAGUCCACCAGUUUGCUUCUAACAAAAACAAAUGACUGCAUUGCCCCUACCAUGCCUCCAUCCUAUAAUGUCAUUACUGCUACAAGUAUCAUCUUUAUCAUCUUUCUUUUGGCUAUCACCCUAGCAGCAAGAUACUUCCCAAGGCAUGCCUGUUUUCAUUGUUCUAAGAAUCAAGACCCAAUGGACGAGGAUGAGAAGGAAAGUAUGAAGCCACCCACGAUCUCUAAAAUGACAUCUGAAACAUCAUCAGUAUGACCAGAUCACAUUUGCAGGUUUCUUAUCCUGUGUAUUCUGCACUGCAGUCCCCACCGUUCUCUACAGCAAUGCUUAUUGCGUUGACCCUUUGGCUCUCUGGAAGGGGAUGACAGCAGUAGAAAAAUUUGCUCAAGAAGACGGACAGCAUAACCUUUUGUGACCGAAUACAAAAACCCACCUAUGCCACAGAAGCUGUGGGGUGGUCCUGUUACAAUGGGGUUGCUGGAAUUCCAACUGGGAGGACCCUCCAUGUUCCUACAGCAGGUAGAAGAAGAAUGCCGUCAGCAUUGUGCUGCUCCAGCACGCCAGUGCAGGACUUUGGGAUACUCUGAUGCUGCCUCUACAAAAAUCAGGGGGCCUGCAGAGACCUAGAAGGUAGCCCCCAUCCACCUACCCCUGUAGUAAUGCAGAGCUGGCCCCAGACCCCACCACAGUCUCAAGUCAGGCUGCACCUCCACAGUGCAACUGGGAGCAGCUACAACUCCUUAUAUUCAGCCUCGCGCCGGUAUUUGCCAGCACUGUUCUUUGUGCCGGACGAGUCUGGAUUUAGACUUGACCAUUACGGAUAUGUGAUAUGACAUUCCUUCUUCCCCAAAGCGGCAAUAAUCACACUUUUCAGGAAACAGCACCUCGAGGUGGAAGUACACACCUCAUGCUCAUUUUCAGCGCUGUGAGACUUUGUAGGGAAUGACAUAUACUGACGGCACACCUAGCAACUAUCUAAUAUUGCUUACCUACAGCAGUGGCACAAGUUCUCAUAACCUUUCUCCCCUGAAAGGAUGGCCCUGCCAAGCCAGGUAUGAAGACGCAGCUCCUCCAUUAAGUUACUCGGGUUCUGACACAGCCCACCCCACUGGUGGUGGUGCACGUGAGCACACGCACAUGCACACGUAUACAAGCUCUUAUAUGCUUGUUUUAUAUGCUUCCUACCUGCACUUGUUGUAAAGCCCAGAUUAAAGGUCUGUAACACUCGGCGGUUAACUUACACGUACCUACAAGAACGAAACUUAAGUCAGGGCCUUGCUCCAUAAAUACGGGUCUGCUUGUGUUUGUACAUUUGCCUAACAACAGUUAUAUGGGUCUCCAUUUUUGGGGGGGAGUCUCUCUCAGUGACAUAGGGAUUUACUUUGCUUUGAAUGCUGCUGCUUUCUGUCAGCGUUCUCUCUACCCAGCCAGGACUUGAAGGAAGUUCCCUGCAGGAUGCUAACAUGGGAUAGGACUCAUCUGAUCUGGGUGAUAUUCUUGCCUACUGUGUAGGAAAAACUGGUUUCUCAUUUUGAGGGGAAAAGAGGAGAAAAAGCCCAAGCCCCAGCAAGCUUCCUAAGCAACUAUGCAUACUAACCUAACUCAGAGAACUCACACUCCCGAGUAUGCAUACUAACUAUGCAUGCUCACCUAACUUAUACCCAAAUAUGAUAGUGCUGUUUUGUUUUCUCCUUCUGUUCUGUCCUACUGCAAGCUGUACCUGUUACCUUAUUGCUCCAUUCAUGUACGUAUUUUAGCAGGGUAGACCAAAGUCUGAAAGCGCCACUCCAUCAUCUUUGUGGGAGAUUUUGUUGCUCAAACUCUCUAUCUUGCUAGGAUGCAGCACAGAAAUAUUAAUUUCACUUAUUUCUAGCAGGUAAAUAUUGAGAGAAAAAUUGUUGGAGGAAGCAGGAGCGCUAACAGCAGUUUAUAGAGGAUUGAGCUAUGAGAGGUGAAGGGAUCAGGGCGAGUCACUAGUGAAAAAUAAGACACUGCUCUGUUUCUGCUCCUGCAGAGUCAUGCUGCCCCAUCAGCAUUUUUCCGCCUUCCCAUUCUAUGAAGUGAAAUGGGAACUUCAGAACAGUUGUACUGAGGGGAUUUUGACAGAUAAAAGGAGAUAAGGUUGCCACAAGGCCCUCAGUAGGUGACAGGGAACCAAUGUUCUUUGCACGUGUGCACUCAUUGCAGGCAGGACAGGGGUGGCACAGAAGGCAGCGCUACCAAAACAGCAACCUGACCUUAUCACAGGAAGGCUGCCAGGGAAAUGCGGUCUUGUGCUUUUCAUGUUUCAAUUUCUUUCAGCCUACAUUUGUUCUUUCCAGCACAAACUACCAGCUUCUUGCAGGCUAAUGCCCUCUUUUUAACUUCCAUCAUUUCCAAUGUUUCCACCUUGCCACCCACGCUGCAGCCCUGACAGCGGUGCCCGCACAGCGUCUCCCCUGCGACCGUCCCAUGCCCUGCUUCUGCUCCUGGCUGAUAGCACGGGCCUCUUGAGAAGGGUUUGUCUUUUGCACAGUGCCAAACCUUUCUACAUCACACCAGACUCCAGUGACACUUUAAAUAACUCCUUAAAAAGGAAACAAAAACCUUCACUGACAAAUAUGUCUAGUAUCAGUUUGUUUUUAUACUCUUGAUGGGCAGGUUGUUUGGUUUAUUUUUUUCCUUAAGCACUUACAUUAUGAAACAUGUUUUCUAUUGCUUUAUGCUGUAUUCAGUGAAUUGCACACAAAUGGUUUCCAUGAGACCUUUUCAGCUUUAUAUCUGGGUCAUUGUACCAGGUGAGCUGCUUUGUUUAUCGCAGGUAUUUUGUAUAUAACAUUUUUUUUUUCCAUGGAUUCUCCUUUAAUUGUAUUAAAAGUGAAAUGGUGAACUCGGUGUCCUUUCCUCAGUAAUAAAAGAUGUCUGUUCUACAUCCUGGGAA